AUCAAAAACUUUACUUAAAGCGACAGUUAAGUAUUAAAACUCUUAACCAUCAAUCUCUUGUUAAACUUAAAUUCCAAGUAUCAUUUACAAAACUACCGAUAGUACCCUUGCAAUUGCGGCAUUUCCAAUCAAAAAAAUCUAGUAGUCUCACCAUUUCUUCUCCAAUUCUGCUCUCUAUACUGAAGCCUAAAUUUGCAGUAAUCUGAGUUUAUCUAUAUGCAUACAAUCCUCCAUUAAAAAUUAACCUUAAAACUCAACUAAAAACACACAACCACCUUUUUCAAUCCGCCAUUAAUGUAUUUUCAGCUCAAAUUUCAGCUCAAUUUCAGCUCAUUCACUUGAAAAUCUUUCCUUUUUAUACUCCAAGUCUUUAUCUUAGUAACUUAUCCUAACUAACUUAACACAAGAUUUAGAAAGAUGGGAUUAAUGGGUAUUUCAAGAACUGGUUUUUUGCAUCAAUUGAAGAUAGUAUUGUCUAAGAUUGGUAGGCAAGCAACACUUCCACAUGGGUUAUGUGCUAAAAUGACUGCAGUUGUGAUAUUAGGUCUUUGUUUUAUAUUCAUAUGGUCAUUCUUUUCUUCAACCCCAGAUUCACUAACUGCUCAAAGAGAGAGUUUUACUGAUAUUGCUGAACCAAUUGCUGUAAUUGCAUCUCCUAAAUCUUAUUCUAAAAAGGGUACUUCUCAAUCAAGUAAGCAUGGGCAUUUGCCUCAUAAUAAGCACCAGCAACGUGGUAAUUUGAAGAAGAAAACCCAUAAAAGUGAUGCAAAUUUGACUGUUAGUUUAUCUACAACCGGGGGAAAAGACCAGAUUGGUAAUGAAACUAAUAGAACAAAAGAUUUGAAUUUAAAAGGGGAUUUGCAAAAUGAUGGGGGUGAAGGAUCUGAGAGAUCUGAGGUUGAUGAUGGAGAUCAAGAUCAAGAUCAAAUGGUGGUUGAGGAUGAAGGCGAAGGCGAAGGCGAAGGUGAAGGAGAAGGGGAUAAUGUUAAUGGAGAUACUGAUUUGGAAAAUGGGGUUGAGGAUGAAGAGGAAGAUGAUUCUUCAACUGGGUUGAAAAGUAAAGAGAAGAUGAAGAAGCAUGUGGGUCCAUUGUUUGAUCCUAAGGCACAUUAUAGUUGGAAAUUGUGUAAUGUAAGAAGUAAGCACAAUUAUAUUCCUUGCAUUGAUAUUGAGAGUCCUAAAGGUAAAAUUCAGAGGUAUAGACAUUUGGAAAGGAGUUGUCCUUCAAUAACUCCAAUGUGUCUUGUCCCUCUUCCUCCUGAUGGGUAUGGAACUAAUUUAUCUUGGCCUGAAACCAUAACAAAGAUAUUUUACAGGAACGUUGCACAUCCUAAACUUGCUGCAUAUGUUAAGACUAAUUCCUGGGUUUUAGAAUCUGGAGAAUACCUUGUGUUCCCCCAAAAUCAGUCUAGUGUUGUAGGUGGGGUUGGUCACUACCUUGAAUCCAUAGAAGAGAUGGUACCAGACAUUGAAUGGGGAAAGAAUGUUCGUGUGCUGCUAGAUAUCGGAGUUAGUGACUCGAGCUUUGCAGCGUUUCUCUCUGACAAGGGUGUGCUCACUUUAUCACUAGGAUUGAAGGAUGACUUGGUGGACUUGGCUCAAGUUGCUAUUGAGCGUGGAUUUCCGGCAAUUGUCAGCUCUUUAGCAAAUAGAAGACUUCCAUUCCCCAGUGCUGCUUUUGAUGUUAUUCACUGUAGUGGAUGCAACAUACAUUGGCAUUCUAAUGGGGGCAAGAAGCUUCUUGAAAUGAAUAGAAUUUUGCGACCUGGUGGAUACUUUGUUCUGUCAGGGAAGCAUAAAAGCAUUGAAGAGGAAGAAGCCAUGACUUCAUUGACCGCGUCUAUUUGCUGGAAUGUCCUGGCUGAUAAAACUGAUGAAGUUGCUGAAGUUGGUGUCAAAAUUUAUCAAAAGCCAGAAUCAAAUACUAUUUAUGAACUACGUAGGAAGAAGAAUCCUCCUUUAUGCAAGGAGAACGAGAAUCCCGAUGCAGCCUGGUAUAUUCCAAUAAGACAUUGCUUGCACCUUAUUCCCACUGCGAUUGAGCAACAUGGAACUGAGUGGCCUGCCGAGUGGCCCAAAAGGCUCGAAAGUUAUCCCGACUGGUUGAGCGACAAGGAGAAAAUAAUGGCAGAUACAAAGCAUUGGAAGGCCGUAAUCGACAAGUCGUACCUCACUGGAAUGGGUAUUAAUUGGACAAAUAUCCGGAAUGUGAUGGACAUGAAAGCCAUAUAUGGGGGGUUUGCAGCCGCCCUUUCAGAACAAAAUGUCUGGGUGAUGAAUGUAGUUUCUGUUCAUGCUCCAAAUACACUUCCGUAUAUCUAUGAACGCGGUCUCUUUGGCGUUUAUCAUGACUGGUGUGAAUCAUUUGGUACUUAUCCAAGGUCAUAUGAUUUAUUGCACGCGGAUCAUCUGUUCUCACGGCUAAAGAAUAGAUGUAACCAACCGGUGGCGAUAGUUGUUGAAAUGGAUCGUAUAUUACGGCCCGGAGGCUGGGUUAUUGUGCGCGAUAAAGUGGUUGUCGUGGAACCGUUAGAAGGAAUAUUUAGAAGCUUGAAUUGGGAUAUUCAUAUGACAUUUGCUCAGGACAAGGAGGGCAUUCUUGUUGCUCAGAAAACGAUAUGGAGGCCUUGACGACAGGAGAUAAAUGACAUCGACUUACAUUGCUCACCUCUUGUCAAUUUCCGUCCUAAUUAUACAAAUAUCGUUCUUGGUUAUCUUGUUGGGUCCAGAAUAUCCGGUAUACUUGUGUUUGCCGAUUUACCGGACAAAGUCCAGGAUUAUAAAGUAUUACCGACCAACUUACAGAAGCCUGAUAUAUACGUGUUUUUUGGUACUAAUCCUUCUAUGUUGUGUAACUAUACUGACACUUUAACUGCACCCUACAACGAGGAGUCAAGGAUAUUGUGCAGUUCGAGUGAAAUAUCGUUGAGGGCUUCAAGAUGGCAAUAGAUGCUUAAUUUCCAACUCCCGGACCCAUCUCUUAUAAGUUUAUCGAGAAAGGAUUUGGAAGGUUUUUCUUCAUUAGCCGAGGACCUAAUACGCCUUUAUGUCAACUCAUCAAGCUCUAAUAGAACCGGCAGAUCGCCCAGCAGGCACAAUGACAGAAGGGCGAUAGUUUGACGUUUUGAAGUCUUUGAAGCUCCGAGUUUAGGUGAACCAACAUUGGGGUCGGCACAUAGGCUUAGGAGGCAACUAUAUACCAUUUGUUGGAAACUCUGUUUCAAAUGCUAUUCUUAUUAUUCUACAACUACACCAGUGAUAAUCAAUUUUAUCGUACUAUUUUUCAAAUUUAGUAAGUUUAUUUCCAAUAACUUCAAUUUUGUUUAAUAAAAAUAAGUUUAUUCUCAAA